GUAAUCAUGAACAGGAUGCAUGGAUGAGUAUGUUUUAACAAAUAAUGCGAAUGCAAAUCGGUGAAGCGGUGAAGAUAGUUGAUAUAUAUACAUUAGGCCUAUUCUGACUUGAAAGUGGACAUUUCAAAGACUGCCUUUAUUGAAUGGGAUCAUGGCUACAUGACUGUAUGCUCCGACUCGGAUGAGUAAAGGCAAGGAGUUAUUGGUAAAGGCCCGCCAUCCGCGGGUCUACGAAUGAACGACAAUAACACUGCCAGAAUCCGGAUUGAAGUUUGAACAUUAUCCGGGACAUUAUCCAUGCAGGGAAGUGGGAGGUUAGAUGUACUAGCCAUGUAUUGGGCAUUUCGAUGACAUACUAACGACAAGUUGCGUGUAAAUAUAACCAAGCAGGAUAUCAAAGCAAGAUCGAGUGACAGAAUACUUGUCAGACAAAUUAUAGUCAAGUCAGAUAUCCGAGCUAGAUCAAGUGGUGGAGUACCUUUCACUGAAACAAUAGAUCAAAGGCCUAUACCUCGCAAUCUCUGAUGCUGGAUCAGUGGGCUCUGUAGAUCUACAGCAAUGGGCUUCCCAGGAUGGUUGGUUUGUCCCAUUAAAAUGUAUUUUCUAGCUGUUACAUGGUCGGUCUUGACAUUCUGCUUUCUACAUACAUCAGCUAUGGACACAGAUAGACCCAACGUGUUAUUCAUCGUCAUAGAUGAUCUACGGCCAUCGCUUGGAUGCUAUGGGGGUCCCAUCAUAUCACCAAAUAUCGACCAACUAGCAGCUCAGUCAGCUGUCUUUACGAAUGCUAUGGUACAGCAAUCAUUAUGUGCCCCAAGCCGAACAUCCUUCCUGACAGGAAGACGCCCCGAUACAACCAAGCUCUAUGAUUUCUCCUCUUAUUGGAGGGAUGCAGCAGGAAACUACACGACUUUACCACAACACUUCAAAGAACAUGGAUACUUUACUGCUUCCAUUGGGAAGGUCUUCCACCCAGGAAUAGCGAGUGGUGGCAAUGACGAUUAUCCAUACAGCUGGUCAAUACCAGCAUACCAUCCGUCAACAGAUAAAUACAUAUAUGCAAAGGUAUGCCCGAGCAUCGAUGGAUCCCUGCAAUCCAAUGCCAUGUGUCCCAUCGAUGUAGACAAGAUGCCCGAGAAAACACUACCGGAUCUUCAGGCGUUCGACCGUGCAGCAGAAAUUCUUCGAAAUCUGUCUUCUGCGGAAACCUUCAAAGAUAGAUUAGAAGAUAUUGAAAAUAACGGAGACGCCCGGUCACAUCAUUCCAUGAAGACACCGUUCUUUCUGGCUGUCGGCUAUCGAAAACCUCACCUUCCCUGGAAAUACCCGAAGGAGUACCAAACCUUGUAUCCCCUGAGCUCGGUCGAAAUCGCUUCUAAUCCGAACAUUCCCGAUCAAAUGCCGAGUGUGGCAUGGGAGGUGUUCGGGAGGAUGAGAAAGGGUGCUGACCUAAGGACGCUGAAAUUACCCCUCCCGUAUGGCACUUUCCCGCUGAACUAUCAUGGACCUCUGCGUCAAAACUACUAUGCAGCGUCAACCUUCAUGGACUAUCAAGUAGGCCGACUGCUCAACGUUCUGGAAGAAUCUGGCUUCGCUGAUAACACCAUUAUUAUGUUUGUUGGUGACCACGGAUGGCAGCUUGGCGAGCAUGGAGAAUGGUGCAAGUUUUCAAACUUCGAAUUGGCGACUAGAGCCCCUCUGAUGGUUUACAUUCCUGGUCUGACUGACACACGCUGGAAUUCGGUCAAAAAAUUCAAUCUUAUUGAUCCUCUACAGACUGAGAAGAAAGUGACGGACAAUGUGCCUAGAAAGGAUAAAAAAAUGGGUACUAAACUGGACAGGUACCUCCAUAAAAACGCUGUCGGUGCCGUGGCAAUACUUGAUGAGAGACAACUUUACACAUUCACCGAAGACAACAGUACGGAGGACAUAGAGCUUUUAGAUAAUGCAUACAUCGAGGACUUUGUCGAGUUUGUCGAUAUCUUUCCUACACUUGCAGAUCUAGUAAACAUUACCAUUCCUCCGAUAUGUCCGGAGAAAUCUUUCAAUAUUGAUUUCUGCGCCGAAGGUGUAAGUUUUGCUCCAUUGAUCGAACACCGGAUGCGCGACGGUAUUUCAAGCGGUAAUUCCGACCGCGUCACAAAUUUCAAGCGGUGGAAGAACGCGACGUUCAGUCAGUAUCCAAGACCACGUGUGGUUCCAGAAGACGAGGGUAGUGAUGUCCCUCAUCUUGUCAACAUAACCAUCAUGGGUUACGCCAUGAGAACAAGAGAAUAUCAUUAUACAGAAUGGAUUGGCUUCAAUCACAUAACCUUUGAAGGCAACUGGACUGACGUCAAAGCCAAGGAGCUCUACAUCAAUGCCAUAGACCCAGAUCAAAAUCAAAAUGUCGCAGAUGAUAUUCAGUAUGAGACGCUUGUCAGAGAUCUAAGCCAACGCCUCAAGAGGGGAUGGCGUGACUGCUUACCGAAUUGAUUUAUCUUCACAGAACAAAAUGUAAAUUAAUUGAUCAGAGCUAAGUUUGUUUUGACACUUGAUCAUCGUUUCAUUUAGUAUUAUUAGUUCAUUUGCUCAAGAUAUUGCUAUACCGUGUUGCACGACCAAUCAUGUCAAUCGUUAUAGUCUGCUGCAGGCACAGACCCUGAUUGAAAUCUUGAUCAUAGCACGUGUGUCUUCACACAAAGAGUAGAACAUAAUAUAAAAUUUGCCUUCAGCCCUGCAUUCAGUACACAAAUCAUUGUAGGCUUUGCAUUCAGACUCCUUAAAUUGAGUGAAGGGUCUGCACAGCAGACUGUGCCAAUGGAAGGCUAAAGUGCCAAGUAAGAAAAAUAGCUGAUGAAACAUACUGUAGCACCGGGUGUCUCGGGGUGAUGAUUUCAGUUCACUUCUGUGUAGGCCAAAAUCGUCGUGAUCAUUUUGGUGCAACACUAUUUCAUUGCUAUUAAUAUAGCCCAAUCGAUUAAUCGCUCCCUGUCAUCAAUUAUGCUUAUUCAAUAUUAUUUUUUUGAUAUAUGUUUUGGUUUGUCACAUUCUCAAGCAGUUUGCUUAUACAAUGACAGUCUGUCAAGUGAUUUUAUGUUCAAAUAUGUAUUAUUUGAUUUAUUGUAAAAAAGAAAGAUCUGUUAUAUUUGUAAUGCCAUUGCUAUGCAGAAGAAAAUAAAUAAAAUCAAAUUAAUAA